AUGCGCGGCGGGGCGGGCGCGGCGACCGGCCGGCUUUCCACGGCCGCGGAGCAAGGCGAGGCCCGCGAGGCGGCGGCGGCCUCCAGGGGCGGCCCGGCGGGCUCAGGCGGCGGCAGAGGCGCAGCGAGCGGGCCCGGGCCGGGCGGUGGCGGCCCCGCGGGCCCCGCGGGCAGGAUGAGCCUGAGCCCCAAGGAGCUGUCGAGCCUGCUGAGCAUCAUCUCGGAGGAGGCGGGCGGCGGCAGCACGUUCGAGGGCCUGUCCACCGCCUUCCACCACUACUUCAGCAAGGCGGACCACUUCCGCCUGGGCUCGGUGCUGGUGCUGCUGCUGCAGCAGCCCGACCUGCUGCCCAGCGCGGCGCAGCGGCUCACGGCGCUCUACCUGCUCUGGGAGAUGUACCGCACCGAGCCGCUCGCCGCCAACCCCUUCGCCGCCAGCUUCGCGCACCUGCUCAACCCCGCGCCGCCCGCCCGCGGCGGCCAGGAGCCCGACCGGCCGCCGCUCUCAGGGUUUUUACCGCCUAUAACUCCGCCGGAGAAGUUCUUCCUCUCCCAGCUGAUGCUGGCCCCCCCCCGGGACCUGUUCAAGAAGACCCCGCGGCAGAUCGCGCUGAUGGACGUGGGAAGCAUGGGCCAGUCCGUGGACAUCAGCGGGCUUCAGCUGGCCCUGGCUGAACGCCAGUCUGAAUUGCCCACCCAAAGCAAGGCUAGCUUCCCCAGUAUUCUCAGUGACCCCGACCCCGACUCCUCUAAUUCAGGAUUCGACAGCUCCGUUGCCUCUCAGAUCACGGAAGCGUUAGUCAGCGGACCGAAGCCGCCAAUUGAAAGCCAUUUUCGGCCGGAGUUCAUCCGCCCCCCGCCCCCGCUCCACAUCUGUGAGGACGAGCUGGCCUGGCUGAACCCCACGGAGCCCGACCACGCCGUUCAGUGGGACAAGUCCAUGUGCGUCAAGAACAGCACGGGUGUGGAGAUCAAGCGCAUCAUGGCCAAAGCCUUCAAAAGCCCCUUAUCCUCUCCUCAGCAAACACAGCUCCUUGGUGAGUUGGAAAAAGAUCCCAAACUUGUUUAUCACAUUGGCCUCACGCCAGCCAAGCUUCCUGACCUGGUGGAGAACAACCCUCUCGUCGCCAUAGAGAUGCUGCUGAAGCUGAUGCAGUCCAGCCAGAUCACCGAGUACUUCUCCGUCCUGGUCAACAUGGACAUGUCUUUACAUUCCAUGGAGGUGGUGAACCGACUGACUACAGCUGUUGACCUACCUCCCGAGUUCAUCCACCUUUAUAUAUCCAAUUGCAUCUCUACUUGUGAACAGAUUAAGGAUAAGUAUAUGCAGAAUCGUUUGGUGCGUCUUGUGUGUGUCUUUCUCCAAUCCUUGAUCCGUAACAAAAUCAUUAACGUGCAGGACUUGUUUAUAGAAGUGCAGGCAUUCUGCAUCGAGUUCAGUAGGAUCCGAGAAGCUGCCGGCCUCUUCCGGUUGUUGAAGACGUUGGACACGGGGGACACGCCUCCCGAGACCAAAAUGUCAAAGUAG